UGUGAAUCAACUGAACUGAAUAACAAGCUUGUCUUUAAAUACAACUAUACGUUCAUUGUAAAAAUAAAAAAGUAUGUAUUCUGAAACUUUCACCAAUUCAGUAGAAAAAAAUCUUACAUAAAGAAGUAAAAAAGUGACAAUAAGAAAAAAAAAUCUUGCCGCAUUUCUGUGUUCUUCUCAAGAAGACUUAAUGUGGAAACAGCAGCAUAGCCUGGAAGAGCUACACAGUAACUCAGUAAAGCUUCAGAAUUACUGUAGAGCUUCACAUAUCUCAGUAGAGCUUCACUGUCCAUAUCUCUAUUAAUUUGUAAGCUUGUAAGCCUCAGCUCCAGCGGAAUACUUUAUGUAGCCAUAAAACGAUUGAUUAACUAUGAAAGUGCUGACCUCUAAAUCCUCAUCACUAGACAUCUCAAGAAUCAAUCUGUAUUUCUUCUUUCUGAAUAUUUGAAAAAUGGAAUGAGAAUUACAGUAGAACAUACAAACACAUUAGUUCCCACACAUCAUCAGAACUGAAUGUUUAAACAGGGUUUUCAGUUUCUGGCAGAAUUUCCAAACUGUUGCACUAAGCUUGUCAUUAUUUAGUUUUCCACUAUUGAUUCAUUUUCUUGAUUUUGCUUGCACGCAUAAUGUUUCUUCUGUCACAAAACAGCUUCAAAACAGAUUCAGAUACCCUAGUACAGAUUUAUUUUUGAUGGUUGCUAGCCUAUUCACAACACACAUCAUUUCAAACUGACAAAAUAUCAUCAUCAUAACGCUUCUUUAAAGUUGGAUUUGAGUUGGGUCUGUGGCUUCCUGAAAUGGGUAUACAGUCGGAUAUCUUUAUAUGGAUUUGGUGUUUCCUGUCUCUACAUUAAUUGCACUAAUGUCUUUGAACAGCAACAUCCGGUAAGUUGUUUUCUGUCUUCCACACUCUCUUUCUUUCCUUUGUUCAAUUUUGAUCUUACUCACUGAGUGUAGCAGCUGGGCUCUUGUAAACAACGAUAAGUCCUGUAAUCCUUAAUGCAGAAGUGUGUGCGCGCGCACACGUUUGGGUGAGUGGGUGUUAAGGUAAAACCAGUGUGUUUAUGAAUGAAACAUCUGUGGAGCAUGAUUGUUAUUUUGAGAAUUUUGUUUUACUAGGAACUUCAGGAUUCCUGCCAGUCCGUUGACGUUCUACAGUAAUUGACAAGUCAGAGCAGGAAGGCCACAUAUGAUGACCAGGUGCGGCAGAGACCACCUGUACACAGAGUUUAAACACAGAGGCCUUUUCCUUGAGAUGUUUCCUAAUGGCACAAUUACAGGAACACCCAGGCAGACAGGACACACUGUGAUAGAGCUGAAAGCUGUGAAAUCAGGAGAGACUGCAAUUUGGGGUGUAAUGUCAUCACGCUACUUGUGUAUAGAUGCAUCUGGUCAGCUGUUUUCGCUGAGUGUUUAUUUGGAUGCUGACUGUUCCUUCAUUGAGCAGUUAGAGUCUGAUGGCUACACCCAUUUCCUAUCCACAUACCACAAACUUCCGGUGUCCCUCAAUUUUAAAGGCCUCCCUCAGAAACACAUGCUACCCUAUUCUCAGUUCCUACCACUCAGAAAUAACCUGUUUUCUAGAGACUAAAGCAGAGGAACAGGACAACGCAGAGCAUUUUCAGACUGAAGAAGAUUUGGACUCAGAUGACCCACUCAGACUCAGACAGUCUGUUCAGAACCACAGGAGUCCACUCUUUCACAUGGACCAGUAGGAAUCAACCUGACCUGCUAUUCUAGAUGGAACAGUAUCAACUGUAUCUGCACAGGAAUCAACCCUACCUGCUAUUUCUACAUGGACCAAUAGGAAUCAUUCUCAACAUGAUUCUCAACAAUUACUAACAUAAUCAGAAUUAAUGUUUCAUGUAAACCAUUUUCAUCAUUCAUUCAUGUACAGCAGUACAUUUCCAAUAUGUUUGGGGGUAGUGGCAGCUCAGUGGUUAAGGUACUUGAAUUAUAAUCAAAGGUUGCGAGUUUAAGCCCCACCACUGCCAAGCUGCCACUGUUGGGCCCCUGAGCAAGACCCUUAACCCUCAAUUGUUCAAGUUGUAUUCAGACAUAAUUAUAAGUUGCUUUGGAUAAAAGCAUCAGGUAAAUGCCAUAAAUAGGUUCUUUAUACAAAUUCUUGACUCUUAAUUGUUAUUUCAUUAUUAUUUUGACUGCUCACAAAUUUAAAAAGUUAAAUUUGCAUUUCCUUUCAUAAUAAUUACUUGAUAUUUGUAUUUGCCUUUAUCUUGUGGUAAUCUAGACUGCAAGCUAUUUAUGAAGUGUGUGAUAAAUAACUAAAACCAGCAAAGGAUUAUUUAAGCAAUUUGUUUGCAUAUUUAUCCCAUUAUUUAUUACUUAGUACUUUGUUUUUGAACUGUGGUGUUAUUGUGUGCGAGGCGUAAAUUGAGCAGAGAGGCUGUCUCAAGAUGACAGACCUGGAGGGGGCCGUAGCAGGUUCAUUCAUUUGUUUGUCAGAUUUUAACUCGAGUUAAAAAUCAUUACAAAUAAUAGUAAUUGCUGUACUACUAUUGCUGUAUUAAAAUUUUAAACACCUUCUGAAUUACCAGUUGAAUAAUUACUGUAACAACAAAAUAGCAGUUGCUUGUUUAUUUAUUCUAAAAACUCCUGUGAUACUUAUGAUGCUAAACUGCAUCACAGACCAUUAAUGAAUCAAAAUGAGGCUGAACUCAGCUGGGUUAUGAUCAACAUUACAAAUAUUAACAAUAACCAGCAACAAUAAUAACAACAAUAAAAAUUGCAUAAGAAUUUUGAUAA